UCUCUCUGUGUGUUUCAUUCAUCAGAGAUCAUAUGAAGCGGCGGCGGCGCUCGUCUUCUGGGAAGAUCUGCGCUUCUUUGUCUCUGUGUUUGACGUGCUCAUGCCAUUGAUAGAGCGCUGGGGUUGCCAUGGCCUGCGGUGCAUGUGGAGGAGAGGAGGCCAGAGAAAAGGGCUUGUCACUGGAUUUAAGUGUAAUGUUGAGGGAAGGAAGAUAAAUGCCUGUGUGGCUUUGUUCGCUCUGGAUGCAGGACGGGUCAAGGCUGAUUAAAAGGAGCAGCUGGCUGAAGAUGAUCCAGAGAGAAACGGGGAGGGACUUUACUGGAAGAAGAGGCGGGAAUGGUUCGAUGUGUUGUUUCAGGUCCCCCUCAGUCCUCCGCAACAUCUACAGGGGGAAAUAUCAAACCAGUGAUGCAACUGUUCAUGCAAACAUCAAAGACUCUCAAUAUGUGAAGAUGCCUUUGUUGCUCUUUGGGGUGGCUUUGGCUCAUGCUGUGACGAUGGGUUUGUGCGAACCAACUCAAUCCUGGUCUGACAGGACAGAAAGUGGGCUUUUGGAUGUGCCAGACUCCCACAUUCUGCUGCAGAAAGACGCGGUGUACCAGCUUGUGAACACUUCGCUGAGUUUCAGACAAGCUCUGCAUUACUGCCGCGGGCAGACGAGUGUCCUCACAACUGCUGGGGUGAAAGAGGACGAGGACGGAGCCCAGCAGUUACUCAAUAAAUCCAACCUGAAGGGCCCGGUUUGGUUCCAAUCAAACAAAAGACAUCAUCCCACAACUCAUCUGGAGCGUCUCGAAAAAACAGUCUUGCCAGGGUUAUCCUUCAAGUCCAAGGAAGGCUUUGCGCGCGUAAACGCGACUUUCCCGCCACUGUCGGCGGCGAGCGUUUGCGUGCGCGUGCAGUGGGAUGCACAUCACGAGAACGUGUCUACGGUGUUCUCAUACGCAGCUCCGGUUUUCAUCAACGAAUUUCAGUUGAGAGGACAAAUCGACGAGUCUAGCCGCGGUCAAACCGACAGAAAGGUCCGCCUGGCGCUCCUCAUUCAAGGGCAACAUCAUCCAUACAAAGCCGAGCUGUCGGUCGAUGGAAACUGGCACCAUGUUUGCGUCACCUGGCGCUCGAGCGAUGGAUUCUGGGCUAUUUAUGUAGACGGAAAAACGGCGGAUUCCGGGAAACGGGAUUCCCUACAAAAAGCCAAGGACAUACAUGGGGAUGGGAUAUUUAUACUGGGACAGGACCAGGACACUUUUGGUGGGACUUUAACGGAGCCGUUUGUCGGAAACCUCACUGAUCUGAGCGUUUGGAGUGAAGCGCUGGAGUUGGAACAGGUGCAAGCGCUGAACACGUGCUCGCCGCUGACCAAUCACAGAGCCGUAUUCAGAUGGCGGGACUGGAACCUCAGCAUCCACCAGUCUGUCCAGAAUGUGUCUGCAACUCUCAGCUGUCCAGUGUCCCCGAAGGCGGCACAGAGACAGCAGGAGGAGUGUGAGGUUCUGAAGGGCUGGUCUGCUGCUCGACCUCAGUACAGCAGUGCCGUCUGCACACACACUUUCCCCUUCAUCUGCAGGAUCAGCACAGAGCACUAUCUGAAGAUGAAGGAGCUGAGAGAGUCUCUGAGGUCCAACCCCAGUCCCUUCAUGCAGAGUCUCAUGCAGUACGGCAUGACGGCAGAGGAUGUGCUGUCUGAUGCAGUGGAUGAUCAGAGCUGGGCGUCGGUGUCUCGUCUGCUGAACGUCUCUGAGCAGGUGAUGUUGACGGAGCAGAAACCGCUGGAGGACAGAGACAUGGUUUCUCUUGUGCACGUUCUCUCUCGAGCCGCAGAUCUGCCCAUCACUGCAAACCACAGCCGAGCAGACGCAGAAACACUCGGACAGAGCUUCAUCACCAUCGCUGAUUCCCUCCUCAGCCAGGACGACCACGAAAAAUGGCAGAGCAUCAAAGAGGUGGUGAAAGGCCCGAUGGCUGUCAUCCAGACUGUAGAGCGUAUGGGGAUCAACUUAAACUCUCUGCUCACGGACGACACAGACAGUGUGCAGAUCCACAGCCACAAUAUCAAGCUGCAGGUCCAGCAGAAGCUUCUGUCUGAAGAUCCGCACGUGUCUGCGUUCUGCGGCUCAGAUGGGGGAAAUCGAGACUGCAUCUCUGUGCCUGCUAAAAACAUGAAGGAGCUCCGCAACAAUGACUUCAGAAAGGUGACUGUCCUGAACACGUGGUUCAGCUCAGUGAAGUGUCUCUCAGAGAAAGAGGAGAACAUCAGCCUUUUUCCAAUAGUCACUGACGGCUCUCAGAGGUUUGUGGGGACAGUUUUGGGCUCGUCUGUCAUUUCCAGCACAGUUCUGGCAGAUGAGCAGCCCGUCAGCGUGGCCAUUCACUUCACACUUCAGCACAGGCUUCAGAACACUUCUGUCAAGUUUAUUCCAGUGUGUGCAUUUUGGGAUUUUGACCUGAUGUCAGAUGGAGGAGGAUGGUCAACGAAGGGCUGCGUCGUCAUUUCUACUCAGAAUAAUUCUACUUCCUGUUACUGCAACCACACUACCAACUUUGCUUUGCUGCUGCAGAUCUAUGAGGUUCAGAGAGAUGCAGUACACGACGCAGGUCUGCAGAUCCUCAGUUUGAUCGGCUCUGCAGUGUCUCUGUGCGCUCUCAUCUUCACUUUUAUUCUCUUUGUGGCCGUCGGUGUCCCGAAGUCAGACCGAACUACAGUGCACAAGAACCUGAUGGCAGCUCUGAUUGUGGCUCAGUUUCUGCUCAUCCUCAGCGACUGGGCGGCGGGAAGCCAGGAGGCAUGUUGGCUGGUGACAGCGCUCCUUCAUCUCUUCUUCUUGUCCUCCUUCUGCUGGAUGCUGGUGGAGGGUUUGCUGCUCUGGAGUAAAGUGGUGUCUGUGAACAUCAGCGAGGACCGCAGGAUGAAGAUGUACUAUGUGCUCGGCUGGGGGUUGCCGGUGGUUAUAGUGGCUGUGACUUUGGUGGCCACUCUGGACCAGUAUAAAGCACAGCAGCACUGCUGGCUGAACCUCCAGUCCAGUGUCAUUUGGGCUUUUGCAGGGCCGGUGCUCUUUGUUUUGGCUGUGAAUGCCGUGGUGUUGUUUCGUGUGGUUCUGGUCACAGUGUCCAGUGCUAGGCGCAGAGCCAAGAUGCUGACCCCCAGUUCAGACUCCAAACUGCACACGCUGGACCUCACCUGGGCAGCGACGCGGCCCGUGUUGAUCUUGUUGCCAGUUUUAGGACUGACGUGGCUCUGUGGUGUGCUGGUCCAUUUAUCUGAUGUCAUGGCCUACCUGUUCAUCACACUCAACGCUUUUCAGGGCCUGUAUAUCUUUCUGGUGUAUGCCGUUUACAACAGCGAGGUGCGCAACGCUAUCAGGAGGAUUCAGGAGAAGAGGAAAGCUCUGUCAUUUACAAACUGCUCUCAGCCAAUCAGCUUUUUACCCUCUCAGAAAUCCCCCAGAGCAUCAUGGGUGCACAGUCUGCAGACGCACUCCAGUCGGGACAGCAGCGAGAGUUCGACUCCCAUGAGCUCCUGCAGCGGCGGAGGUUCACUCGGGUACAAGAAUGAGCGUUUUAAAGAGGACAGCAUCGUGAGCUUUCCAUUAAAAGCAGCCAGCAGGAGUCAGGUGGUUCAGCUGAUAGCCUUUAAACCUUCAGGCUGCUGAGGAGAAAUAACACACUACUUGUGCACAGAUGAAGACUGAAAACUGCUCCAAUCCUCCAGAGUGAGUGAACAAUCCAGAACAGCAGCGUUCACAGAGACUUGACAUGAGAUUAAUGCUCAUAAUACACAGACUGAGACUUAUGUUCACACCAUUAACCCUGAGCGACCACACGACACUGGCUUUCUCUGGAGUAUCUCGUAUCUGAAAACUUCACGUACACAAACCUUGCACACUGAGUCCAUAUUAAGUACGCCAUUAUGAAACAAAACAAGUCAGCGAUGCGGUGUUCUCCUCGCUCUUCUUAAGAGUGGAAAGAGGAAUUGGCUAUAUAUUUUGUUCAUCCAAAACUAGGAGAGUUCAGCUCGUUAUCGAUAAAGAGCUUAGAAUGACCAAGAGACAACACUCAAUAGAGCAUUGCCUCAAACAGCAGCGCCCAGCAACAGCCCCGGAUCCCGCCAUUUUGGAGUGAAAGCGAUCAGCCGUUCAUUGGAUCUCAUUCUGAGAUGGCGAGCAGCUGCUUUGUUUUUCAUUUAUUUAUUUAAAAGGCGCAUUAAAGCUGAGAUACAACCUGAAAGACGACAAUACAACACUUUCUAUCACAAUCAUCAGCACUUUCAAUAGUUUAUUUCACAGAUUUGUAUUAUGCUGUUGUUCUAUUGGAGUUUUCCUGUUAAAUGGCUGCUGCGCCAUCUAGUGGCUGUUUCCCGAAUUGCACUAGAGUGUCGCCUCUUGCUGAUUCUAUGCUCUUUGUUAUUGAAAAGCUGCUCUGGAUUAUCCACAAAUACAAAGUGUAUUUCAGGAAAUGAGUGAAAUGUUGAUAUAUUUGAUGUAUAUUUGUAAAAUCCUGAACAGUCAUUAUAACAC